AUCACGUGUUUACGUAAUAGUUUUGUAUGUGAUUUGUUCUAAAGCUGGGACGCAGAUAAUGUCAACUUAAUGCAAACGUGGUUUUAACAUUGUCGAUAUACUGGUGGUCCUCUGCGUCAGGUUGGUGAGAGGAUGGGAAAUUUAUUAGAGCCGGGGUCCCACCGUGUAAUUUAGCGCAAUCAAGGCUGUGUACGUCCCUCGAUGCUUCCCAGGCUGCUCCGCUCUCUCCCGGGCUUGCAGCGGCUCCCCCGGGCCUUUUCGGUUCGGUCUCCAGCUCCACCGGACGGGCGCCCGAACCUGCAGGGCACGACCGACCUGUACGAGGACCCGGAGCCGGAGGAGGAGCUGGAAGCCCUCUUUAAAGAAGCUACACAAAGACAGAAAACCGUCAAGUUCCACAGGCUGAGGCGCCAGCUGACCCCCCCAGGCCCCCCCGCAAGGAGACUGACCUGGGAUGCCAUAGAACAGAUACGUUACCUGAAGGAAGAGUUUCCUGAGGAGUGGACCGUGGAGCGCCUGGCAGAGGGCUUCUCCGUCAGCCGUGAUGUCAUACUGAGGGUCCUGAGGAGCAGAUUCACCCCCGCUCUGGAGACGCGUGCCCGGCAGGAUGCCAGAGUAUUGGCUGUCAUGGGGACACGGCCCCUGUUACCUGGGCACCAAGUUGGACGUGAUGGGGUGGCACUUCUGGGCGGAGCCACGGCUGCCCUUGGCCCACCCAGCAAGGGUGUCCUGAAAGCUCUACCCUCUGGGAAGCAGACAGACGGGCCCAGCAUAACCGCGAUGGUGCCCCUUCAUAGGGGAACGGGAAGCCCCAUAUCACCCUCUCUGCGUCCCUCUGAAAGUCCCUCUCAUCAGAACAGCAGACAGACCCCGCAGGGGACAGGAGGCCAGACUGAGGGCCAGGCGGAAGAGGAGGAGGAGGAGGAGGAGGACUGCUGGAAUGGCUGCGUCCUGUCAGAGCAGGAGCUGGAGGAGCUUGUGGAAACGUUCCCAGAGCAGGAUGCUGCAGUGGUCAGGAAGGCCGAUGAGUUUUAUGACAGCAAGGGCAACUUCCUGUACAGAUUGUGAAUCUGUUUGAAAUUGUGUACAGAAAUCUGACAGUGUAUUUGUUACUUUAGCUAGACCUGGGGUGGUGUGAACGUUUCACAUGUGUUUAUAAGGCAGACAGUCUCACUGCAGCACCAAAGAUUCAGCACAGUAGAAAUCGGUCCAAAAAUCAUUUAUAAACAAACCAGUGGAAAAGUAAAGUAACAUUGAGUUUAUUUGUAAACUGGAGUAUUGCUUUCCAAUAUACAAACAAAACCUAUUUAAUGAAAGCAAGACUUGAGUUGUACAACACUGAACAGCGGGAACCACAUCAAACUUUGCGUGUAGCAACAAAACCAAACCAAUCAAACCAACCGCUUGAAAUCUCAAGUAUGCUGAAGAGAGACGAGGAUUUUCACACAUCUGCAUAGAAUGAUAGUUCUGCAUUGACAUGGUUUCUACCAGCUGGGGGGGCAGCGUGCGGCUUCUGGUUCGAAUCCCAGGGUAGAGGGAGGGAUCGAGGCCCUUAGCCCCCACCCCUCCAGGACUUGGCUGAUCCUGCCUUUUCACUUGUACACAUCUGCUACUUAAAGGUAGAGGCUCUGCAAAGCCUCCUGGGAGAAAGUUACCAGCGGGGCUUGAGAUUCUAAGUGUCGGUGACAUGGUGUGAUUUUCAGGCCUGAAUAUGCAUGUGUGGUUCAUUCACCGAGUCGCUAUUUAUCGUUCUGAUAUUAAAAUUAAAUAAAUUUUAUUUAGGAUCCAUGCUGGUGAAUGAU